UUAAUUCAGAGCUUAUCAAAUGUGUCAAGGAAGGGAAAAGAUUCCGACUUGUUGGGGAUAAUAUCAACUUCCAUGUCAUUGUUGCACAGGCAAGAAAAAGUGUUGGGAAAUCUGGACAUAUGGAACACUGGUUUGGCUCUGCUGCUAUAAUCCAGAAUGUAGAAUUUAAUAAUUUAUCAGAUAUUACUCCCCAGUGUGAUUUGCGACAAGUCCCGAAUACAAGAUUUCUUCUGUCUGAAGAUGAGUUGAAAGAAGAGGUGUAUCAUAUGUCAUAUCUUGCUGCAAAGAUUAUGGUUGAGCAUUUCCCGUGGUUACAAUUUGCCAUGGAUGCAAUGAAUGAAGUAGAUGACAAAAUUCCUGGCAUGCAUGUCAGAAAUACAGUGAUACCUUUACCCAUUUUGCACAAAAAUGAACAAAAAUAUACAGACGUCAUUGACAUUCUUGAUUCAUACCAGGAACUUUGCGACUCAACUUUCCAAGCUGCUGAAACUACAACACAGAAAACCCAAAUAGGUGGUGAUCAGCUCACUCGUGAAAGAUUUUCUGGUGCUAAACGCCUUCGAGCAGCAGCUUUAACUGAGACUGAGCGGUUAGAAGGACUGAGUCCUAUAACAUUUGAACUGUUCCAUUUACAGAUGACAGUUUUGAGUGUUUUUUACAAAAUAUUAUAUAAUACAGAAAACACAGAUUCAUUUACAUUACACAGCCAAAAGAUCAGACUUUUGCGUAAAGAAGCAGAUGGAAAUGAUGUGAAAAAUAACUAUGAUAGUUGCAAAGAUCUUGCAGAAUCUUUGAUAAAAGCUUAUGUAAUUGAGGCAGCAUGUGAGCAUAUUGGACUUCCAAAUACAGAUAUUGUCCCUGAAAAUAUUCCAGACACUACUGAAAUGUCAAAUGAAGAGAUAAGAAGUUGGUUAAUUGAUCAGGUUUCUCCUAUUAUUCAAAACGUUAUCAAAUCAACGAGAAGUUCCUUAAAUGGCGCAUACAUUCAGGAAACAAAUCCUGAUCCAGUUUUUAAAUAUGGAAACAUUGUUAUUGAAUUAGGUUUGAUUUUCAUGGAUCUUUGUAACAUUUUGAAAAAUCCAAACAGAGAACGUUUGCUUGUUGUUAUGAAAUACUUAAUGAUAAUUUUGAAGGGUCACAAUAACAGGUCAAAAUAUGCUCUUGAAAUAUUGAGAUUGCUCUGUCAUCAGUAUGCACUUUUAAGUGAAAAAACUGCACAUGAAACAAUUUAUGGUCUGUUUGUCAAUACUGGUAGAACAAUAAUACCAGCUGAUUUACAGAUGGAAUAUUUGGUGAGGCUAACUAAUGGACAAUUACGGUCAAUGUGUUCUAAAGUUACUGAAAAAUCCUUGGUAAAGCGCAGUAGCUCUUUCUUUGGUGUGAAUGAGAUAUCAGAACAAUUUGACAAUGAAACUUUUACCAUUAAACGUGCACACAGAAACAUAUGA